AUGUCAUACAGUCGAAACCGUGGCGGAAGAUGGGGGAUGAACUUUUUGGCUGCUGGAAGCUCGGCAAACGAUACAAACAAGAAUAGUUCUUCAAAAACUCAAAUUGUUCACGGAGGAAAGGCUGCUGUACCGCCGCCCUCUUCCUUUGCUUUGAGAAAUGAAAGUCAAGGCUAUACAGACACAAGCAAGUUGGUGUAUGGUUCUGGCACUCUAAUGUCUGGUGGCAUUGGGACAAAUGCAGCCUCUGCCUCCACUGGUACACGGGCGUUUUCAAAUCUAGGCAAAAGAAGAAUACAGGAAGAAGAUGAGUAUGCCUUCUUUACUUAUCAGAUAUUUAUUUGCUGCUCAUUUUUUAAAGAAUAA